AUGCAUUCCCCUCCCGGUCUGACAGACCGGGUGUUCCUAAAAGUGUCAAAUUUUUGCCGGUCUCCCAGACCGGUGUUCCUAAAAGUAUCACGCAUUUGUCGGUUUACAAUGGAAGGUCCGAAAUAUGUUUCAAAUCGGUCGAAAAGAAUUGUAGCCCUUGCACGCUCUCAAAAUUACCUUGAAGAAUCAGACUCGGAAGUGGAUUCAGAUGAAUCAUGCAUUCCAGAUGAGGACCUUACUAUCCAAGAUCCUCGCAAUGAAACAGAUAAUGACGAUGACUCUCCCAAUGAUGAUGAUCGCGAUGAUGAAACUAUUCGAGAAAUAUUUGAAGUCGAAAAUACCGCAGUUCGCGAAGAAACUGGAGAGCAACCACAGUCUGACAUAACUUCUGGUGGAAGCAGACUAAUCACUCCACAGAAGCCUGCUGAUGUUGCUAGCUCAUCUACGCGUUCUGAUGACACUCUAGAUGAGAGUCGUCUUCCAGUUUCUUACUACGGAAGAAACAAGUGUUUCACAUGGUCAUCAACUCCUGUUCGCUCUAAGACGCGAACAGCAGCAUCCAAUAUAAUAAAGGUACGGCUAUCAAAGAUACAAGGGCCUGCUCUUACCGUGGGGAAAAACCCACUCCCAGGUGAAGUGUGGCGCCUUUUGUUUACUGACGACAUGAUUGAGACGAUUGUAAAGCAUACUAAUGAAAAGUUGGCCAAAAUUCGUUCUGUUAUUGAACUAAAAGAAAGUGUAGCUUACAGAGACACUACUGUGCAGGAAGUGAACGCUGUGAUUGGAGUCACAGUUCUUUGCAGCAUAUUCAAAUCUGCGAGGGAGCCUAUGACCUCGCUGUUUUCCACUUCGGUCUUGGGGAGGCCAAUUUUUCGAUCAAUAAUAACAGAAAAGCGAUUAGGAAUAUUGCUUAGGGCAUUUAGAUUCGAUGACUCGAGCACGAGGGAACAGAGGGAAAAAUAUGACCCAGCUGCUGCCAUUACAGACAUAUUUAAUAAGUUUAUUUGGAACUGCCAACAAAUUUAUAGCCCUGGAGCGCAUUUGACAGUUGAUGAAACUUUGGUGCCUUUCAGAGGGAGGGUUAAAUUUCGUAUAUAUAUGCCGAAUAAACCGGCUAAAUAUGGCAUUAAGGUCAUGGGUCUGGCAGAUGCACACAAUGCAUAUAUUUACAAUGCCUACAUCUACUCCGGCAAAGGCUGUGAUGGAGCCACACUUUCUACAGCAGAAAAGAAAAAGAGCAUUCCCACGCAGUCUGUAAUCCGCCUAUCUAAAGGGCUGUAUGGCACAAACAGAAAUAUUAGUUGCGACAAUUGGUUUUGUUCUGUGGAACUUGCCCAGGAGCUACUAGCUCACAAUUUGACAUUAGUUGGGACACUAAAAAGAAACAGACCCCAGAUACCAGCAGAAUUUCAAGCAAGAAGCGAUCGUGAAAUUGGGUCCAGCCUUUAUGGCUUUACGAAAGAAAUGACUCUGCUUUCUUAUGUCCCAAAAAGGAAUAAGGCAGUCCUACUUCUUUCGUCAAUGCAUCAUUCCAAUUACACUGACGUUUCAAAUGAUAAACCUGAAAUCAUAUCUUUUUAUAACGCCACAAAAAGUGGAAUAGACACGCUAGAUAUGAAGUGCAGUGUUUAUUCUACUAAUCGCAAAACAAGAAGGUGGCCGUUGGCUAUUUUUUACCACAUGGUGGCCAUGGCUGGAUCAAACGCAAGUAUACUUUAUGGACUUUUUGGAGAGAAGAAAACCGUAUCACGUUUUGAUUUCCUGAAAAGAGUUUCUCUAUAUUUGGUCUACGAUUUCGUAAAAUCCCGACUGGCAAUCUCCAAUCUGCCUCAAGAGCUACAAAGUAUUAUUUCAUCUUUAGAAGAAGAGGCAGCAAAAGAAAAGCAAAUCGUUAGCCAACGGAAUAAAUUUGUUGUUCGAGUUGAUGAGUGUCCGACGGACACACUUGGUAAAAGAAAAACCUGUCGAUUUUGUCCAUAUCAAAAAAAGAGGAAAACUGCCUACAAGUGUAUUUCUUGCGAAGAACCAACGUGCUUGGAGUGUUCACGAAAAGUGUGCAAGACUUGUGCAAUUAAAAAUAAAAUUUUUCCUAGUAAUAAACUUGAAUUUACUGGUAUUUUAACAAAUAUUAUGGUUCAAAAACCUAUUAUUAUGUUUAAUUACACCUUAAAGAGAGAGAGAAGCAACGUAGAAGUGCGGAAAAGUCAUAAAAAUAGAGAAAAAUACACUUUAAAUGUCCUAGCGAUACUUGCUGAACUACCUAAUUUAAGUGUAACAAAUCAAAGGCAUGACUACUAUACAAGAACUUGUACUUCUAAGCUGUUGCCACAAAAUAGAUUAGCUAAAACUAACAAUAGUCAUAAGUAUAUGGCAAUUAAAAUAUAUAACAAAUUGUCUAAGAAUGUAUCAAUCAAGCCUGACAAAUUAUUUAAAGAAAAUGUUAAGUGA